AUGAAAAACCUGGAUCAACUUUCAGAUCGAGUAACAUACGAAAUAAACCAGUCAAAUGAUGAAUAUACCACUAUUUCGUCAGCAGCGUCUUCGAAACUAUCGCUACAGGACGCAUUAUUUUCACACCUGUCUACGUCUGAUUCUCAGUCAGAAGUAUCCCAAUAUUCAGAUUUCCCUAAAAUAGCAACUCGACAAACAGUGGGGUCCAUCUUUAACGAACGACCGUAUUCGGUGGCCUCCAGUCUAAACAGCUACAUGGACUCAUUAUCAGAUACAUCACACAAUGACGAAGAGCUCUAUUACGAGAAAUGUUUUUGCGAUACUUACAUGGACGCAUUACGUUGUUUAUCCAAACUUAAUGCAACCCAAGCAUUUCAACUGUUUGAAUUUAUUGCGCGUCAUGGCCGUCAAGUUUACAAUAAAAUAAACAGUCGAACACAACAACUUGUCUCCUUUGCUCAGUAUCGAGCAGGGCGUAUGCUCUGCGAACUAGACGAUAGCAUGGAAGAAGGCCUUGGUUAUUUGCUCGAAUCGUCUAAAAAUGGCAAUGCUCGUGCCACAUUUAUUUUGGGCUAUUAUGCUGAGCGACGUGGCGAUAUAGAUCAUGCUUGUCACCUGUAUCAUCAGGCAGCUGUUGCUGGCGUUUUACCUGCUAAAGUAUCUUUUGGAAAUACCAUUCUGUUCAAGAAAACCGUGCCUGGUUUUCAAACACAAGAUGCGAUUCAAAUGCUAGACGAGGCUUCCAUUCAGGGACAUUCUAUUGCUUCUCUUUCCCUAGCUCUGUACUACGAAAAAACAAACCAAAUAGAGAUCGCCCUCAACUACUGCAAGCAUAUUCACAUCUCACCUACCAGUCCAAUCUUUUGUGUCAGUAGCUAUCAAAUUGCCAUCAUUUACUUGAAGGCUGGACGAGCCUUUGCAGAAAUCGCUUUUCGCUACAUGGCUGCAGCUGCUAAAGCCACGUAUCUGUCCAACAAGUUUACACCAGCAUUACGUAAAUUAGGUGUUUUGUCUCUAUUAGGUAUUGGCACCCCCAAGCAUCCUUCUGCCGCAUUUAGUUUUAUUCAAGAAGCUGCCAAAUAUGGUGAUGAACCAGCAAACAUCUUAUUGGGCCAAAUGUAUUUAAUGGGCCUUGGUUGUCCAGUCGAUCGGUCCCGUGCCAUGCAAAUAUUUACCAAUUACCAAGAUAACAUUGCAGCCAAACUGUCAAGGGGUCUGUUGAUUAUGCAAGAAAAUCCUCAGCAUGCGUAUCGUGAAUUCAUUGAGGUCUUGAGGUACCAAUCGACUCCCUUUGAUGAACAACAUUGGAAUUUACUCGCUAUCAAGUACGAAGCCAGUGUGCGUAUUGCUAUUUGGGAAUACAAUGGUAUUGGCGGUGCAGAAAAGAACCCCGCAAGAGCGUUUCAAACACUCAAGCGGUUGUCUGAAGAAUGCAACUAUAGUGGCGCACAUUACUGGCUGGCAUGGGCGUAUCUGGACGGCGUCAAAUUAGACGAUGGCACUGAGAUCGUAGCCAAGAACCUCGAUAUAGGAUUUGAAUGUUUGUUGAAAGGCGCCCGUCAGAAUAAAUCUGAUUGUCAAUACCGUCUGGGUCUCAUGUUGAAAGAAGGCUACAGUAACCAACGUUAUCAGAAAAAGCAUGCUUUUUCUUUCUUUUUGGAAGCUGCUGAACUCAACUAUGCUCCUGCCUUAACUCAAGUAGGUGUCUAUUACUUUAGUGGCCUUGGUUUAGAAGGCGGACGUGAUCUCAACAAGGCAUUCACUUAUUUCUCUGCUGCUGCUAAACACAAUGAUCCUCUUGCGAUCCAGUACUUGGCUGACUACAUGAUCAAGAAUACAGCCAAUGGGCCUAUCAACCGCUACCAUAUCUACACAGAACUCAAUCGUGCUGCAGGUGCUGACCAAGACCCUAUUGCCUAUCGUAUGUUGGCACUCGUAGUCAACAGUGGCAUCGACCCUUGUGAGACGUAUGAACCUGAUCUCAACCAACACACUAACCAUGUUGUCUAUGAUGAUUUACUUGCUCUUUACCGCGAAGCCAAAUCAGAAGCGAUAGAUAAGAGUGACAUCAAGUUUCGUUUCACAUUACAUUGUUUGUGGAAAGCCAUUGAACUUAAAGAUCACAGUUCUGGUCAACACUUGUGUAACUUUUACUCCAAGAUGAGCCAAGAUGAUAUCAUCAAGACCAUCGAAACGUUUGAAAAAGUGGAGACGCGGGUUCCAGACAAAUUGAGUAUUGCUUAUGCCCAAUUCUUGAAGAAGGCUAAAAAUAGAUCCAGUGCAUUGACCAAGUUUAUUGAGGUUGCGUCGUACAAUGAUAUGACGAACAGUAUUGGUUGGAAUGCACGACUCGAAGCUGCUAAAUUGAUUGUACUUGAAGGUGAAGGCAAAGCACGUAGCAAGACUUUGGUAUUCUCUUGGUUAAAUGAGAUGGUGAAAUACAAUGGCAAGAAUUUAUUUGUACCUUUUAUUUUACUAGCUAAAUGCCAUGAUGAUGAAAUCUGUGCCCAUUGUAGAAAACCUUUAGCCAGCUCUUUUUACGAAUAUGGUUUACAAUGCAAGUCAACAGAUAUCUCACUUGAGGUUCAAGCUAGAAUGAAGUUGAUUGAAACAUACUAUCAAUCCAACAAGAACACGCUCCUUCAAGAACAACUUGAUAUGGUUGAGCCUAUUUUAGAAUCACUUGUAGAUGCCACAGAAAAGAAGCUCAGAUCAGCAGACGUGUACUACUAUCGAGGUUUAUUGGCCUUACAUAACGGCACUAUCUUUAAUUAUCGUAAAAAGGCUAUGUACUAUCUGAGCAAGGCUGAACAAUUAGGCCAUAUCUUGGCAUGUCUAGAAUUAGGUUAUCUUUACGGUACCAUGGAAUAUAAAGAAGAAGCUGCAGACGAAUGCUUCCAAAAAGUAGAGAGCAGUAAAGCCACCACUAUUUCUUUCAAGAACCGCAUUACUGAAUCCAUGGUCCAAGUGCGUGUGGAGAAAAUCAAAACUUCCAAUGAUUAUUUGGUAGAAAUCAACAAGAUGAAGCUUGCUGCCGGUAUUACUUAUAGCUAUUACAACAUGAAGCGUCAAGCUCUUGACUGGUUCCAAGAAAUUUCGGAUGAACCAUUAGCUCAAAUCAUGAUAUUGUAUUACAAAAUGCAAGAACCAGAGCAACGUACACCAGCAAACAUCAAGCGUCUUUCUGAUUUGAUGAGUCCCUUUGAAGCCACGCUCUUGCUGGACUACUAUGGUCGUAUGGCACUCAGUUAUGGUCAAUUCCGUCUUGGUCAAUGUUAUGAGCAUGGCCAUGGUGUCUCGAUCGACAACAACAAAGUUCUUGACUUUUACAACAAAGCUUGUGCCUUUUUACAAAACAACGAAACUUAUGAAAAGCUCGCCGAUAUUUCAGACAAGAGUGGAUCCACCAUGGACUUGUUUCCUACGCUCUACAAUGCUGCUCGUAACGAUACCAGUGCUAUGUUUAGAUUAGGCCAAUACUACCAUGCCAAGGAACCUACAGAUGACCCUGAUGUGCCUUGUAAGAAAGCAGCUGAUCAGUACUUGAAGGCAGCCCAAGCAGGUCAUGCUCAGUCAUGUUACUACUAUGCCAAGUAUCGUAUUCAUCAAAUCCAGCAAACCUCGCCUUUGAAUGCUGCUGUGAAAUCCAAAAAAGCCGUUAGCUAUUUGCGCAUGGCUGCUGCCAAGAACCAUGGUCCUUCCUUUUAUGAACUUGGUAAACUAGAAAUAGCAGCUGGCCUAUAUGAAGAGGGUGUAGAAGAUUUGAAAGAAGCUGAUUUCUUGGGCUGUGGCGCUGCUAGUUUCGAAUUAGGCGAGUUGUAUCGUACAGGCUUUACAGGUGUGAUUUCUGAUAAAGUGACAUUCCGUAUGAUGCAAAACUAUGAGAAGUCUUACAAGUACUACACGCGUGCUAUGGAUCAUGGCUUUACGUUGGCCAUGAUUCGUAUUGGAACAUUAUAUGAAACAGGAGCUUUAGGUGAAAUCAAUUUGGAUCAAGCAAAAUCAUGGUACAUGAAAGCAUUACAGUCCAACACAUGUCCUGAAGGCGCUGCAGAAUACGCUUUGGGUUGUCUUGAAGAGAUGAUUUGGUCCACACCCACUCAACAACAGCGCAAAACUGCCUUUGACUGGUUCUCUAGAGCUUUAGAAGCUAAGAACAAGUUGGCUAAUUUCAAGAUUGGCAGUUAUUUGCUUCAUGGUUGGAUCAUUCAAACAACAUUGGAGCAAGAUACUCAACGUGGUCUCUCUAUUCUUCAAGAAGAAAACAACAAUGGCAAUGUUCUGGCCAUGAAAGAGUUGGCAAGAUACCAUGAAACUUUAGGCAAUUUUCAAAAAGCAUUUAGUUACUGGCGUAAUGCUGAACUCUUGAAUGAUUCAGAAGCGUUAGAAUUUAUUGCUACCUGUUUUGAAAAGGGCCUUUUGGGUCAGAAAAUCGAUGCUGAAGAAUCCUCAAGAUACAAAGCACUUGCUCUUGAUGCUCGUAAACAAGCUGUAGAAACACAACGUAGUGUCAUGGGCUUCAAGUCUGAUUAUUCUGAAGAACGAAAGCUUUUAAAGUAA